UUAAUGUUGUCAACCAGUGAACCGGAAGUAUCAAAAAAGUGGUACAACUAUUUCCGGGUUACAACGUGAAGGCGCCAGUCGAUUUUGGUAAAAAGUUCAAAGACAAAAGAGUAUUUUUCAAAGAGUAAAGUGUUUUUCUUAACGUCCGAGGUGAAAUGGUGAAGUUAUCCGCGGAGUUAAUCGAGCAGGCUGCUCAGUACACCAACCCGGUGAGAGACAGAGAGCUGGAUCUACGAGGUUAUAAAAUCCCAGUUCUGGAAAAUCUGGGCGCCACUCUGGACCAGUUUGACACGGUGGACUUCUCAGACAAUGAGGUGCGGAAAUUGGACGGCUUCCCUCUUCUCAAAAGACUAAAAACGCUGCUAAUGAACAACAACAGGAUCUGUCGUAUAGGAGAGAACUUGGAGCAGUGUCUUCCCAAUCUCCGAGAGCUCAUCCUGACCAACAACAGCAUCCAGGAGCUGGGGGACUUGGAGCCGCUGACCACAGUGAAGACAUUGUCUCUCCUCAGCUUGUUGAGGAACCCAGUGACAAACAAGAAGCACUACAGGCUCUACGUCAUCAACAAAAUGCCACAGAUCCGAGUGCUCGACUUUCAGAAGGUCAAACUUAAAGAACGCCAGGAGGCGGAGAAAAUGUUCAAAGGCAAACGCGGUGCUCAGCUGGCAAAGGAUAUUGCCAAGCAAACCAAAACGUUCACGCCGGGCAUGGCGUCACAGCUGGAGAUGAAGAGGGCGGGGCCGUCGCAAGCUGACGUGGAAGCCAUCAAGAACGCCAUUGCUAACGCGUCCUCGCUGGCCGAGGUGGAGCGCUUGAAAGGAAUGCUGCAGGCGGGUCAGAUCCCAGGUCGGGACCUCCGACCAGGUGCUGCUGGCAUGGAGGAGGAGGAAGAGGAGGCGGAAGGUGACGCACCCCCGAUGGACGCUCAGGUGGGCGGGGCCUCUGUGGAGAUGGAAGACAUGGAAGAAGAGCCCCAUGUUAACGGCUCGUAAAAGUCUUUCUGUUCAUGUUUAUUUGUGUUAAAUGUGACUUUUUAUUUUGUGAAAUGACAUUAAAGUUCUUCUUACUUUG